UUAGCGCUGGGUAUUGUCUCUCCCCUUUCUCUGUCCGGGAACCCGACCGCCACCCCUGCCGGGCGAGCGCGGUGACUGACAGCUCCGUGCAGCCAGUGGCCGGAGCGCUCCGCGGCGGAGCCCGGCGCCCGUCUCCUCGGUGACCAGGGGAGCUGGUGCCUCAGCGGAGUGGCCGGAGUCCUGGGGCACGGAGAGCUCCAUCAGAUGAAGGGGUCUUGCAACAUGACAAAAAAUUGGACUAAUUGAAGGUUUUCCUUUAUUUGGAAAAACAACCAAAAUGUAUAGACCAGGGGAAACGGUCAAACGUCGACUCAACAUGCAUGCUCCUCCUCGGAUAAGAAGUGUGGAAGUUGCUAGAGGAAGAGCAGGUUAUGGGUUUACCCUUUCUGGACAAGCUCCUUGUGUUCUUAGUUGUGUUAUGAAAGGAAGCCCUGCAGAUUAUGUUGGACUUAAAGCAGGAGAUCAGAUAUUUGCAGUUAAUGAAAUCAAUGUUAAAAAAGCCUCUCAUGAAGAUGUAGUGAAACUUAUAGGAAAAUGUUCUGGAGUCCUGCACAUGGUUAUUGCUGAAGGGAUUAGUCACAUAGAUUCAUGUUCAAGUGAUGAAGAAGUUGGUUUUUAUGAUGGGAAGGGGUGGCUGAAACCCAAACCUGACUCUAAAGCUCUGGGUAUAAAUAGAGCAGAGAAAGUUGUUGAAGAAAUGCAGUCUGGUGGCAUUUUCAACAUGAUCUUUGAGAAUCCUACUCUUUGUGCUGGUAACUCGGAUAAUUCUGGACCAAAGCAAAGAUCGUUUUCGGCUUCUGCUGCUAUCAAAUUUGAUGCUGGCAAUGAAAGUGUAAGCAAUCCAAACCUACUGUCAAAGGAAGAAAUAUCCAAAGCCCUGAAUGAUGAUUCAGUUUUUAGAAUUGGACUGGAGAGCGCAGAAGAUUUUGGAUUAGAUGCAAGCAUUUUAAAUGUUGCCAUGAUUGUAGGUUACCUAGGCUCAAUUGAACUUCCUUCAACAACCUUGAAUUUGGAAAAUGAGAGUUUGCAGGCUAUUCGUGGAUGCAUGAGACGUCUGCGGGCAGAACAAAAAAUCCAUUCACUGGUGAUGAUGAAGAUAAUGCAUGACUGUAUUCAGCUCUGCAGUGACAAAUCAGGUAUACUGGCAGAAUACCCUGCAGAGAAACUAGCAUUCAGUGCUGUUUGCCCGGAUGAUAGAAGGUUCUUUGGACUAGUUACGAUGCAGACAAAUGAUGAUGCAAGCUUGGCUCAGGAAGAUGAAGGGGUGCUGAGGACAUCUUGUCAUGUUUUUAUGGUGGAUCCUGAAUUAUUUCAUCAUAAAAUUCACCAGGGCAUAGCAAGACGUUUUGGACUGGAAUGUACAGCAGAUCCAGACACAAAUGGCUGUCUGGAGUUUCCAACAUCAUCUUUACCUGUUCUUCAGUUUAUUUCUGUCCUGUACAGGGAUAUGGGAGAAUUGAUUGAGGGAAUGCGUGCGAGGGCUUUUCUUGAUGGUGAUGCAGAUGCUCAUCAGAAUAAUAGCACAAGCAGCAACAGUGAUAGUGGAAUUGGAAAUUUUAACCAAGAAGAAAAGAAUAACAGAGUUCUGGUGGUUGAUUUAGGAAGCAAUCCGAGUAAGCACAUUCCUAACAGCAUAUGGGAAAAUCCAGUAGGAAGGGGACAAAAUCAGCCUGCUUCCCAUUGGAAUGGCUUCUGUCAUGAACAAGAAGGAAACAUUCCUUUAGAAGUAAUUCAGAAUGAUAAGUCCCAAAAUGUAAGCAAACACUUAAGUCCUUCUGCUCGUAUUGAAGUUCCACUGGUUUCCUCCCGAAAUUCAGUACCCCCAUCAAAGAAAAACGCUGCUGGCAUGGGCAAUCAAAGGUGGUUGCCUGUGCACGUUUUACAGGAAUGGCAGCAUGGGAAUGCAAGUGACCAGGAGUCAUACACUGAUUCUACGGAUGGCUGGUCGAGUGUUAACUGUGGAACUCUUCCCCCACCAAUGAGUAAGAUUCCAGCUGACAGAUACAGAGUCGAUGGCAGCUUUGGUCAGCCACAGUUAAAAUCUCAUAAAAAUGAAUGGUCUAAGAAGAUGUUUUGCAUACAGAACAAAUUUGGCCCUCCGCACAGCAUUCGGAAGUCUAAAGAAGAUAAAAAGGGUGCAAAAUUUGGACAUCCAAUGGGAUUAAAUCAGGCUCCUCCCCCACGUUCUUCUGUUCGAAGAUCAUUUGGAAGAUCUAAGCGAUUUAGUAUUACUCGUUCUCUGGAUGACCUUGAGUCAGCAACUGUUUCUGAUGGAGAGCUGAAUAGUACUGAUCUAAAAGACUGCAUCAGUGAAAACAGCCUCAGUAGCAAUGCUAGUCUUCCCAGUGUACAGAGCUGUCGACGACUUCAAGAAAGAAGAGUUGCAAGCUGGGCUGUUUCAUUUGAGCGUCUUCUUCAGGAUCCUAUUGGUGUUAAAUAUUUUUCGGAAUUUCUGCGGAAAGAAUUUAGUGAAGAAAAUAUUUUAUUUUGGCAGGCUUGUGAAUAUUUUAACCAUGUACCUGCACAUGAUAAAAAGGAGCUUUCUUACAGAGCUCGGGAGAUCUUCAGUAAGUUCUUGUGUAGCAAAGCUACAACCCCAGUUAAUAUUGAUAGCCAAGCACAGUUGGCAGAUGAUAUUCUCAAUUCUCCGCAUCCCGAUAUGUUCAAGGAACAGCAACUUCAGAUAUUUAACCUGAUGAAGUUUGAUAGCUAUACUCGCUUUCUCAAAUCCCCACUGUACCAAGAAUGCAUCUUAGCUGAAGUUGAAGGUCGUCCUCUUCCAGAUCCGCAGCAUGUUCCCAGCAGCCCCACCUCUAAACACAGCGUCAGUUCAGAGAAGUCCAGUAUCACAACACCAAAAAAGUUAAGUGGUAAAUCAAAGUCAGGAAGAUCUUUAAAUGAAGAGUCAGGAGAGGAGGAUACUGAGAAGAAAAAAAGGGGAACAUUUUUCUCAUGGUCAAGAAGUAAGAGUUUGGGGAAAUCACAGAAGAGAAGAGAAAAUGGUGAUUAUCCAAAUGAUUCUCUUCAGUCCAAUGGAUUAUCAUACAGACGGGAAUCACAAGGCUCCAUGUCUUCAACUGCUAGUCUUGACUUGUCUGAACCCUCAAGAGUACCUGCAUUUGUACCAGAUAAAGAGAAAUCCCCCAAAUACUGCUGUGUAAACCUUCCGGAUGGUUCAUCUAGCAAAAUGGCUGUUAAAUCCGGAUUCUCUAUCAAAGAGAUGCUCUCUGGGCUGUGUGAGAAACAUGGCAUUAACAUAGCUGCAGUGGACCUCUUUUUAGUUGGAGGUGAUAAGCCACUUGUAUUGCACCAAGACAGUAGCAUCCUGGAGUCUCGGGACCUACGUUUAGAAAAACGCACUUUAUUUCGCCUGGAUCUUGUUCCAAUCAAUCGAUCAGUUGGUUUGAAGGCUAAACCCACUAAACCAGUGACAGAGGUCUUAAGGCCUGUGGUUGCAAAAUAUGGUUUAAAUCUUAAUGAACUUGUGGCAAGACUAAAUGGUGAGCAGGAACCACUUGAUCUUGGUGUCCCUAUAUCUAAUCUGGAUGGUCAGCGGGUUGUUCUAGAUGAAAAAGAGCCAUCGAAGGGUAGAGUAUUUACAGAUAAACAAAAAGGUGCAUCAGUAAAACAGACUGCAACUGUAACUACUUCAAGGAAUCAAGUAUUUACUGGAGAGGGAAGAAGUCUAGGAAAGUCUAAUUCUAUCAAAAUGAAAGGCGAAAAUGGAAAAAAUGCUAGGGAAGUCCGGCUGUCAAAGAGAGAAGACUCUAUUGCAAAGAUUGGGAAAAAAAAAUGUCAGAAAAUAAAUUUGGAUGAAGCAGAGGAAUUUUUUGAACUCAUAUCCAAAGCUCAAAGUAACAGAGCAGAUGACCAACGUGGACUGCUAAGGAAAGAAGAUCUUAUUCUUCCUGACUUCCUUCGUUUACCGCCCACUGGACCAGAACCAUCCUCAUCUACUCCCGUAGGCCCUAAAGGCCUCAACAGGCGAGUUUCAAAAAAUGAUGGCAAGGAUGGGUGUACAUCACCAAGUGGAAAACAGGAGUCCAUACAAAACUUUAAUGAAAAUUCAGUUAAGAAAAUGAGUUACUCAGAAAAUAAACAUAAAUCUGCUUUGACAGCACUCCACAGUCAGAAGACUUUCAGUGUUCCUUUUAAUACUGCAUUGUCUCCAAUUCCGCAUGCACAGGAAAACAAUGCAGCAAUAUGGAAAAGGCAGUCAAGAGAAUUACAAGCUGAAGGCAUACAGAUGGUAGAUGAUGAGAAUGUGGCAGACUUGACUCUUGUGGCUGAAGGAGAUAUUAGUAGCCCUAACAGCACUUUGCUACCACCGCCACCACCAACACCACCUUCAGACAUCAGUAAACUCACAGAAGCCAACUACCCACCCCCAACUCCUUUUGCAGGUAAUCAGGAAAAAUCUGGAUAUCAAAGAUCCAAUUCAGGUGCAAACCACAGAAAGAAAAAAGAUUCACAAGGGACUUCAGGAAACUCUUGUGAGCAGACGUCUCACAAAACAAAGAUCAGCAGAAGCUUUAGUCCUCCUGCUGCAAGAGACAACCCUGGAACGGAGCUCCCUGUGAACAGGAUAAUCGAUGUGGAUGGAGUCAAACUGGAAGAUACUGGCAAACGCUCCUGUGACGAUUCUGAAGGGAACCUCAGCUUUGAAGGUUACAUCUCUGAACUGAGAUCUUGCCAAGGGAGGAUGAGGACUGGAGUUUAUAGGACCUCAGACCUUCCCUCUCUGAUUACUGUCAAGAGUGAGAAGAAUAAGGGCACUGAGAAUCAGUAUAAAGCUACUUUUGUUUAAAUUUCUGGUUUUAAUUAAGGGUUCUGGUAUUUUCCUUGGCAUCAGCAGCAAUGGAGAUAUGCCUUAGAGACCUGUUUCUGCAAGUUAUAAGUUGUUUUCAAUACCCAGUUGCCUUCAAUGAGCCUGCCAGACCAUCUCUACUGUUACGAGCCAGAACCCAUAGAAUGAACAAAUAGUAUUUCAAGGAAAGUGUUGAGUUGUUUGGUUUUGUUCUCUUACGGGCUCUAUAUGAUUUUCCUGGGGAUGAUUCCAUUGCACAGUGCAAUUAAAAUUAUGAUUUCCACCCCUACCCUUCUUGUCUUUAAUAAAGACAAACUCACUUUAAAUUCCCCUACCCAAAGCUUUUAUUUAAGAUAAGUUCACUUUAGUCUUCUAAUGCUUUUUUUCCUGGUCUGCAGGAUUGAUUCCCUGUGUGUUGGUAGACUUUUAAAGUGAAAGUAAAAUCAGUUACAGGUUUAAAAAGAUCAGGAUUACUUUCUUAAUAUCUUCCUAUCUGUUUCAUCACAUUUGGGAAGAGGUCCAGAUGGAAUUCAGUCUUGUGUCAUGCAUUGCCUGGAUGGAUAUAUGCAAUAAGACCAUUGUUAUACAAGCAGUAAGAAGCAAAACCCCCCCUGUGAAUUUCCUGUGCUGGAAAUAAUAGCUGCUCUUGUAGCCAACACUGGUGAUGUUCCCAUACCAGAAAUGUAUAUACUAAUUACAUAGCGGAAGAAGGGUUGCCCAGGUCCCUCCUCAUCACUGCUCUGGGUGUCUUUGAGCUUUGGGGGAAGGUGGAUUUUGAUAUUGCUCUGUUCAGAAGUGGUUAAGCACCCCUCAUUCUUGUUGUCAGUUCUAGUUUCAGUUAAUCUUCUAGCCUUGGGGAGAGUUUUGAGAAAGAAAAGACACUUAAGACUACUGAACAUGUUGCUUUUGCCACCCGCUCUUCUCCUCCUUUUCCGUUUCUUCAGAAGAGGUUAUGUGUCUGGACAUGCAAAAGGGGACAUGAAGGAAUGAGGGCGUUGGACCUCUGCUCAUCAAUGUGAAACAAUACUGAGUGUAUAUAUAGAGACCUUCUGGUGGUUCACUGCUUUGAAAUUAUUAAAACAUCCUAGAUCCUAGACUGCAGAUCCACACAGGCAGUAAGUUUAAAGCAUCACAGUAAUUAUUCAUUAACUUCUCUUUUUUGCUGCUCAAGCAUCCCAAGAAUCAUGAAUUUCCUGAGUAACCAAAGAUACUGGAGGCGGUCACUAGUUUCUUAAACUCAAAUCUGUAAGAUGAGAGAAAGGUACACAAAUGUUACACGAGUUUGUAACAGUAAAGUAAGAUUCCUAAAGCUUAAGCGUUAUACAUCAAAUACUCCAGUGAUAUAAAUGGAUGCAACACCUAUUAGAUUUAAUACUUUAAUUCUUUCCUACAGAUACGUGAUUUUGCUUAUAAUACGAAGGAAAAUCCUUGUUAACUUUAGGAUCAACUCAGUGUGUGACUGAAUGAGGAUGUAUGCUGUGAAAAUAGCUGUUCUUUUUAAAACUUGCAAGAUUAAAACUAAUUUGAAAGUCGUGCUAGAAUCAAGUGGUGUAAUGAUAUUAGAGACUGGGGGAAACACAGCAGGCAGAACUAGGAAUAAGUAAAUGGGCUUGGAGACCAAUGUAGCUGUGUACCAUGCUAUAAGGGACUGUGCUGUUAAAAUACAGUCCUACUAUACCUCUGCACUCUGGCUUUGCCUGUGCUGAGGAUAAAGGGGGAAAGCUUCUAUACCGAUCCAUAGAAUAUGUUGGUUUGUAUUGUCAUAUACAUCAUCUGUGUGGGACACAACAUAACGAAACAGUCAUAGCCCAAUGAUGUGAAAAUAUAUAAGUAUCUAUGUAUUUUUAAAAUGUUUUUCCCAAUUUUUUUUUAUUUUUUGGUGUAGUAUUUUGCUAAUAAUUGCCCAUAAAAGGGUAUUUCUUUGCACAGAUAAGUGGCCACAAUCUUUUCUUGUCUUCUGCAAAAUUAAUAGCUUUGUCCUAAUCAAGACCAACAUUACACCAGUCAAACUCAAAAGUGGGC